CCAAACUUCGAAUCAGAGCAAGGUCUUCUAAUCGCUGUGCUGCAGUCUUGAGCUUUCCCUCGACCAAAAGACUCAAGCCUGCGUUCCCACAGCUGCUCCUACGCAUAUGCAACUACUCUUUGCGAUAACUCCCACUGCAGUUCCAGAAGAUGGCACCGAAGCGCCGCGCCGAUGGACCCCCAUCCUCAAGCGCACAUGCUCCCUCCACGUCUAACACCUUCAGCAACGUCGGUCCCUCGUCUGAUGUUUCCAAGCGCCUACGCUUUGCAACAAAGACCGCCACUUCCAAAGGGGUUUCGGGACUGGAAUUAGAUGCACCGCGCACCGCAGCGCACUAUGAUCGCGGCCUGCCCCAAGCGCGAGUUUCACAGGACGUCGAAGAUUACACCGGCGACAUCGAGCUAGAGGAGCAGGAUCGGAAGCGCGAACAGCAAGGCCGAAAAGGCAGGAUCAUAACAAAAAUGUCGGACUCGGAAUCCGAGGAUGAAGACGAUGGCGGUGGGUCAGGCAAUGCUGCAGUGGAUGACGGGGACGAUGACAUGUUUGCUGCGGACGAAGACAAAUCCAAAGAGGAUGCAAGUGGCAGAAAAAAAGGCAACAAUUACUUGAAGCUGGGUGAUAUCGAAGGCCAAGAAUUUGGGAAAAGGACACGGGCGCCAGAUAAGGAGAAGGCUGAUCUUGAAGCUGAGGCAGCCGAGAGUGAUGACGACAUACAAGACCUUGACCCCGACUUUGAGCUGGAGAGCAGCGAAGGCGAGGAAAAUAGCGACAGUGAAGACGAUAGCGGCGACGGUGACGGCGAAGAGGACAAGAAAGGUGUCGAAGGGUCAGGGAGUCAAACAAAAAUAGAAACACCAGUAGCCGGAGCGGAUGAGCCGAUCGUGAGGCUCAAGAAGCAGUCGAAGAUGAAGCUCAAGAAGGGCAUGGGCUACAAGAUUGAGAGCUUUAACAUGAAAGCCGAGAUGGAAGCUGGUCGUUUCGAUGAUGAGGGAAACUACAUCGCGAAUGCGAAAGAUCCACAUGCGGAGCAUGACAGCUGGCUGCAAGGAAAUUAUACCCGCAAGGCGAUCAAAGCGGCCAAGGAUGCCCAACGCAAACGAGACGCAGAGGAGAGAAGCAAGGCUCUGAAAGAGCAGGAGAUGGCACUGAGCUUACCGGAGCUGCAACAACGGCUUGUGGAACACAUGCAGCGUGGCGAGUCGGUGCUCGAAACUUUGCAGCGAUUAGGCAAGGAAGCAAAGAAGCACAAGCUCACGAACAAGAAUAAACAAAGCUGGCGCAAGAACAAAAGCAAUGGCAAAGGCAAGGAGAAGGAGAAGGCGGAAGAGUCCUCUGCUGCGAUGGACACGGAUGAGCAAAGGCCUUCAAUUGCAGUUCUACAAGCUUUUGAAGAUGUCACGGCUUAUUCAUCAUCCCUCAUGUCCGAGCACGGGCUCAUCAACAUAUACGACGAUACCUACGAGGGCCUCCUGCGAGCUGUAAAACGAAGCGGCAAGGUUCCAAGCGACUGGGAUCCGGCUUCUCAGAGACAGGAGCAGGUAUCUGGGGAAGCGGUGGAUGGGGCAGGCCCCAGUGUCGGUGAUUCGAGUGCGUCCUUAAUAGGUAUCCCCGGCCAAGCUUCUACAGGCGACGAUGCACGGAAAUUCCGAUACCGAUGGGCCCCGUCCUAUCUUGCAGAAACAGCGGAAGCUUCGGGACAGCAUGUCAAUCCCGAGAUUGAAAUGUUCGGACCAUUCCCGCUAUCGGACCUGAAAGUAUGGUCGCAGCAAGGCUAUUUCGGUUCGGCUAAUGAGCGGAUCUUACUUCAGGAGACAGGUGGCGAAGGUUGGAAGAACUGGGCAGAGACCCUCGGGCAUUCAUAAAUCAUGAAAUUUGAUACAAUCUGC